AUGAGCACCGUCGCCCGCCCCGCAAGAUGUCUCUUCGCACGAGCAUCCGCGGCCACCAGGUCCGCAACGACAGCCACCAAUGCCGCCGCCUCCGCCUCCGCCGAUAGCAGCACCUUCCUGCGCCGCCAAUUUCACGCCUCGCCCGCGCACAGCAAGCGGCGAAAGCCGCACUACCCGUCCAUCAAAGUCGAGCACAUGAAGCAGCUGCAGGAUGUCGCACAGAAGACGUUCCCGUCGUUUAGCGAGGAGGACAAGAAGGUGCUGGCGGCCAAGUACUCGCCGGAGCAGCUGGCGGCCAUCGAGGCGGGCGAGCAGGCGCUGGACUCGCGCGACCUGCUGGUCGAGGGCUGGCACACCGACGUCAACAACCACCGCGAGGCAGACCCGAUGGCGCUGCAGUACAACGACGACCUGCGCCGGCUGCAGCCCGUGCUGGACAAGAAGCCGCGCACCGAGCUCGACCCCUAUGCCGACUACGGCGUGCGGCCGCGCACCGAGGACGAGAUGGCCCAGAUGCUGGCCAUGUUCUACGUCGAGGAGGGCGAGCGCCUCGAGGCCCUGGGCCUGCAACCCGGCUCCAAGGCCGAGAAGGACGAGGAGGACCGCGGCCGCGUGCGCUUCCUACAGUUCCUGGACAACCCGCGCACCUUCAUCCACGCCAACAGCGAGGAGGGCUACCGCAUGAUCGAGAACGAGAACUUCUCCGUGCUGGCCCCCGAGAUGCCCAAAAUCGACGGCCUGGCCCCCAAGUCCGUCGGCGGUGCUGCCGGCGGCGCCGGCGAGGGUGACGAGGAAGCCAACACGCUGCGCCUGACACAGCAGACGGGCCUGACCAAGGCCGACAUCCGCUUCCUGCGCGUCAAGAACCUUGUCAUGCGCCGCGUCGUCAACCAGACGCGCCUCGGCAAGGUCGCGUCCAUGUACUACCUCACCAUCGCCGGCGACGGCAACGGCAUGCUCGGCGUCGGCGAGGGCAAGAGCACCGAGCCCGAAGACGGCCGCCGCCAGUCCGUCAUGAACGCCAUCCGCAACAUGAAGCCCGUCGUGCGCUACGAGAACCGCACCAUCUACGGCGAGGUCGAGGGCAAGGUCGGCGCCGUCAACCUCAAGCUCAGCGCCAGGCCGCCAGGCUUCGGUCUCCGCUGCCAGCAUCUGAUCUUCGAAAUGGCCCGCGCCGCCGGCAUCCACGAUCUGGCUGCCCGCGUCACCCGCUCCCGCAACAAGAUGAACACGGUCAAGGCCACUUGGGAGGCCCUGCUCGGCCAGAAGCUGCCCGAGGACAUCGCCCGCGCUCGCGGCAGGAAGCUCGUUGACGUGCGGAAGGUGUACUAUGGCGGAAGCGUGCACUAA